UAGAAUUUAGAUCAAAUCUGUCAGAUUUGUUUAGCGGUUGCGGUGCAUUCAGUUCUAACCAUAAAGUUUGGGAUGUUUUUAUGUAGAAAAUUAUGUAAUAAAUGCAGUUCUAAACUAUGCCAUAAUUUGUUUAAUAAGUAUACGUUCAAGGCGCAAAUAUGUUGGAGGUUUCAUUCAACUCGCAGGCUAGAAGAGGCCUAUAAAGUAGUGAAAACCAAGUGCCAAUCAAAAAAAUUGCCUCAAGAUGUAAAUCCCAAGGCUGUGUUUGCCUGUAAUGAAUUAGAUCUGAAGGAAGUCAAAGUAUAUGGCUUUGACUAUGAUUACACUUUAGCAUGCUAUAAACCUUCUCUGGAGCAUCUACUUUACAACUUAGGGAGACAAACCCUAAUCGAACAGUACAAAUAUCCAACUGAAAUAUCUACCCUUGAAUACCGACCGGGCUUCGCAGUUCGAGGGCUUCAUUACGAUGUGGAAAAAGGUGUUUUACUAAAAUUAGACUCCUUCCUGCAAAUUCAAUUCGGCACCGUUUACAAAGGACUGAAAGCUCUGUCUAACGAUGAAGUUCUUCACCUUUACAAGAAUCGCAUGAUUCCUAUAGCAUACGUCGAAGGAAGUACCAGAAAUUCUUCGUUGAUAUUACAGGAUUCACAUUCGAAGAUGGUUCAGCUAGCGGACCUUUUUUCAGUUCCAGAAAUGACACUGAUCUGCAAUGUAGCUGAUUAUUUCGAACGCAAUCAUAUUGAUUUUCAUCCUGAAAUUUUGUUUAGAGAUAUCAAGAGCUCCAUUCGCAAUUCCCAUCCGGUCAUGCAUAAAGUUGUAGGACAGAAUGUGGCCGAAUAUAUUGAAACCAACAAUAAAAUGCGACCCUUUUUUGAUAGGCUGGUCAACGCUGGAAAGAAACUGUUUUUAGUUACCAACAGUCCCUAUCAUUUUGUGAAUAAAGGAAUGGAGUUAUUGGUUGGUCCGGACUGGAAAGAUUAUUUCGAUGUGCUCAUUGUCCAAGCGAGGAAACCGAGAUUCUUUACAGAUGUCUCGAGACCUAUUCGUGUCUUUGAUGAGCGCAGUGGAACACACAUUUGGGACCGAGUUACUAAGCUCGAAAAAGGCAUAAUUUACUAUGAGGGCACAGUAAAACAACUUCAAGAGCUAACGGGCUGGAAGGGCCAUCAAGUUUUGUAUUUUGGAGAUCACCCAUAUAGUGAUCUGGCUGAUGUUACUCUAGAGCACGGUUGGAGGACUGGAGCUAUUAUUACCGAGCUAACGCAUGAAAUCGCUACUUUAAAUAAUCCCGAGUUCAAGAAAAACGCCAAUUGGUUGCAAAUGUUGACUCAAUUAAUAGAAGAUCAUCAAGAUUGCGAAGACCCCGAAGAACAAUUGGUUUUAGCCAAAUGGAUGGGCGAAAGAGAUAAGCUGAGACACGACAUUAAAUACGUUUUCAAUAAACAAUUUGGAAGCGUAUUCAGGACAUACCACAACCCAACCUAUUUCUCUCGGAGGCUCUUUAGAUUUGCCGAUAUUUACACUUCAAAUCUAACUAAUUUACUAAGCUAUUCCGUAAACCAUACGUUUUAUCCUAGGCGAGGAGUCAUGCCACAUGAGUACAUAUCUUACUUUGUGUGAGGGAUUCCCGCUGCCCACUUUAAUUUACUAAAUAUUCAUUAUUCAUCAAACUCAUCCAAUUGUUUAGUCUUCAUUACUAUAAAAUCGGAGGUAUAGAUACAUAGUUUCGCUCCUGAAUUCGUUUAAUUUAUUUUGUUUAUCAAUUUUUUUUAAAUUGUUUCUCUAAUUGUGAGACAUACACGUUAUUAUUUAGCAAAAGCUUUAUUUAUGCGCUUUUUGUAUGUAACGUAAUGAGGUAUACAUAUUUCUUUCUGGAGCAUCUAUUAUACAUAUUGCCUGUCGAAAGGGGAUAUAAAAGUAUUUUUAUGAAACUGUCCCUUUAUACAUAAAUUAACCCCUCGACAUGUAAAUUGCAGACAAUAAAAUUUGGUAAAUAUUUA